GCUUAAGCGCUGACAGCGCUUUACGAGUUAGUUGAGUUUUCAAUUCCAUUUCAAACUCAAUGACAAAGACGCAUCCAUAUACAGAAGUGCAGUGAUAGCAUAAUAUUUUUAGAUGUAGAAUAUAAGUGUCAUCUCCUUAUUUAUUUUCAAAAUCGUGCACGUAACAGGUUAGAGUAGUGCGAUUUAAUAUGCAGAACAACCCCCAGGAGCUUUCAUGGCAGGCGAUUCAGGCUAUAGUGGGGGUUAAACUCCCACCUAAUGUGUUGCGUUUUGAUGAUAUCGGAUUCCACUUAGUGAAUAAUUCAGUUUCAAGUGCUGAAGAUUCUGAUUCAGACGUGGAAAUCGUAGAAAAUGGCUGGGAAUCCGACAAUAACGUAUCCUCUAAACCAGAACAUUCAGAUAACGAGAAAACAACUCCAGACCGAGACCAAAGCGAAUCGCCCGUUUUACGGCUCGUGGAGCCAGAUAAUAAUAAUACAAGUAAAGAAAUAGAAGAUUAUAGAAAUUUAAUAGUUAAAAUGAAUACCAAAGAUAUAACAGAUAAUGAUAAUGAUCAAUUGUCUCAGCUAAAUAACGACGAUGCAGACAGUUCAAAUGGCAAUGUCAUGUCAAUAGAAAAUUAUUUAGAGGUGACUCUGUCAACCGAUUCAGAGGCUAGUCAUAUUUGUAGCCAAUGUAACCAAAUGUUUCCCAGUGAGCAAUUGUUAUCUUCACAUCAAUGCAGCGCUAAACCCACCGAAGAAAAAAAAUACCCUUGUCAUGUCUGCGCUGAGAAAUUUCCCAGCUAUUGGGAAUUAAGAAAACAUAUAAAUAGCCAUUUCCCCGGUAUGUUAGACUCAAAGUCAAGUUUUUGCCACCUCUGUCAGAAAGAUUACACGAAAACAGGGUUUAUGAAUCAUUUGCGAAAACACACUGGAGAACGUCCUUUCGUUUGUGAGCUAUGCCACAAAGCAUUCUCUCAGUCGAGUUCAUUGUCAAUACAUAUGAAGUUUCACUUGAAUGUGCGUAAACAUGCUUGCACUGUUUGUGAGAAGAAGUUUGUCACUAAAAGUGAACUGUCCCGUCACAUGACUGUACACACCAAGCAGAAAUCUUAUUAUUGUGGUGUAUGUGACAAAGCCUUCACUCGAUCUGACAAUAUGAAAAAGCAUGAAAAAACACAUGGAUGAAAAUCAGACAAUAUCCGACCAAUAAAAAGUAUCACAAACAACAAGGACUGAAAAAGAGAUCUAGCUUCUAUUUUAAAGUUACUUACUUGAGAGAAGCAUGUUUGUGAAACUUUUUACACAAAUAAUUAUUUCCAAUUCUCUAAUUGCCAAAAAUUUAGUCAUAUGAUUGUUAGUUAAAAUUAUGCAUUGUUUUAUACCAAAUUGAAAAAUUUACAUUCUAGUUCAUAAUUUUAGUCAUUAUGGUGUGUUAUUGUGAGUGUCUCUUCACACUCUAGUGUGCUGCUGUAAUUGCUUUUGAGUUAAGGUUUUUAUAUAUGCAUUUUAUUAAUGCAUGUUUGGGAUUCUUUAAGAUAAUGAAUAUAUGCCUUCAUGGGUGCUUUAAUUCAGUGUCGCACAUAUCUUGAUCCAAAGUUGCCUUUUAGAUAUGAUAAAGUGAUAUUAUAACAUGUGCAUAUAGGUCAUGUGCCCACUAUAUGAUGCUACAGUUGGUGUAGUGUUUAUAUAAGAUAAAAAUGAAUUAAUACUUUAUAUUUGAGGCCUUUUACAUACUCUGAAUUGUCACAAAACUAAUAAUAAUUGUUCCUGCUUCACUCUAAGAGCUUUAAAUAAAUAUAUAUUUUUGUAACCCUUUACUAAAAAGGUUUUUUAUACCAGAUGUAAAGUUAACCUAUGCCAAAUUUUUAAGAUAAGUAUUUGAAGUGAUUUUUAUUACACUAGUAAAGCUAUAACAAAAAAUAAAUAAUGUUUGUGUAAAAAUGUGUCAUACAAAAUAUAAUAAAUUAAUCAUAAUUGGAUUAAAGUUAAUAAUAUCAAGGCAACCUUUUCCUAACAGGUAAAUAACAAGAAAAUCUGCUAAAUUAGAUAAGUGCAUCUCACAUUUUUACAUUUUCAUUAUUUGUUUAUUUACAUAUUUUGUAACAUUACAAACUGUGUUGUAACCAAAGCAAUAAUGUCUAAUGUGCCUAUGCUAUUCUAUUUAUAUUACUGUUAAGAAAAUAUCAAACCAAAUAUUCCUUAGAUAUUACGAAUUUUAUUAAAAAAAAAAACAUAAUGGCAUACAAAAUUAUGAAUUGUAUCAUAUUUGUUUGUGUGUUUAAACAAAUGAGGCACCUGAAGUAAAUUUCCUUUUAUUAUGGUCUCACUUUUAUGAUGUAGUUAAGCCAUUGUGAACAAUUAGUUUAGUUUAUUAUUGUAUUUUAGCUUAAUUGAAAAAUUAUUGGAACAAACAUCACAAAUGUUAAACAGUAAAAAUAUAUUUAAGCAAAUGUUUUAUCUUUCUAUAAGAGAUGACAAAGUCAAAUAUUUAAAAUGUAUUCGUUUUCUAUAUGGAAUAGUCAAUUUUGUAAAUUGCAAUUUAUUCCAAAGAUAUAAUUGGCUAAUAAACCAAAGCUAUUUAAUUUUUCAAUUUGUGCCACUCUACUAUUAUGUCUGUCAAUAUAAUAUAAAAUUAUUAUUGACGUUUUUAUAUUUAGAUUAAGGCAAUAAUUACAUUUUAAUAUAUUUAUUGUAUUUAAUAAUUAGAGGUUUAGCUGCAUGAAUAGUUCAUAGACUUAAGACUAGAUUGAGCCAAAUAAAAAAUACACAAAAAUCUACAAGACUGACAAUAAUAUUCAGAGUAGAUAUUAACUUGUGCACAAAUGUAUCAUUAUUUAUUGACGCCUAACAGCAAUUUUUAAAUGUUUAUCUAAAAUGCACCUUGUUAUAACUCAUCAUGACAAUUAGAAUAAUAAGAUCAGUUCUAUGUAGUACGAGCUGUUUUAUAGAAAAUGUAAUAAUUGUCGAUUUUAUUAAAGAAUUGUUUGUUGAAAA